AUCCCAAUUUCACAUAAACACGUCCAACGUCGGAACGAACCCUCUAGAAGAACCAGAACCACAAUUGCAAACAACCACUUCCUGUCUCCCCUUUCCUCAAGAUUUAUAGCCCACCCUCCGCCUCCGGCCACCGUCUCAAGCUUCCUCCCUCCGCCCAUUAAUUGACAACUACAGCAGAAUCGAAGACAGCCAUGGCGGAGCACUUGGCUUCGAUAUUCGGGACGGAGAAGGACCGAGUGAACUGCCCUUUCUACUUCAAAAUUGGGGCUUGCAGGCACGGCGACCGCUGCUCCAGACUCCACACCAAGCCCAGCGUCAGCCCCACGCUCCUGCUCUCCAACAUGUACCAGCGGCCCGAUAUGAUCACCCCCGGCGUCGACGCCCAGGGCCAGCCCAUCGACCCCCGCCAGAUGCAAAGGCACUUCGAGGAGUUUUAUGAGGAUCUAUAUCAGGAGUUGAGUAAGUAUGGCGACAUUGAAAGUCUGAAUGUCUGUGACAACCUAGCCGACCACAUGGUGGGCAAUGUGUACGUUCAGUUUAGGGAGGAAGAUCACGCUGCAAAUGCACUUCGGAACCUGAGUGGAAGAUUUUAUGCUGGUCGUCCUAUCAUUGUUGACUAUUCACCAGUGACAAACUUCCGUGAAGCCACCUGCAGGCAAUAUGAGGAGAAUACAUGCAACCGUGGUGGAUACUGCAAUUUUAUGCACCUGAAAAGGAUUGGCAGGGAAUUGAGGCGUGAAUUAUUUGGAAGCUAUCGGAGAAGGCACAGCCACAGUCGAAGUAGGAGUCGCAGCCCUUACAGGCAUCGUAGUUACGAAGAGCGCUCUCAUGGGAGCCGUGCUCUUAGCAGAAGGUAUGAUGAUGAUGAUCGUUAUCCUGAAAGCUGGAGCCGGAGGAACAAGACUCUAAGCCCUGGUCGAAAGAGAGGACGCAGUAGAAGUAGAAGCCCUGGAAGAAGAAGAAACCACAGUCCAGUUAGAGAAGGAAGUGAGGAGAGACGGGCCAAAAUUGAGCAGUGGAAUAGGGAAAAAGAACAGAAUGAAAAUGCUAGUAGGGUCAACACUGACAGAAGCGACAAUGAUGGGCAUGCACAUAUGGAAAAUCAGUACAAUGGCCAUGAGUAAGAGCAGCAAUAGCAACUUCCAGAGAAAUGAGGGUGGUGUGCAGGUUCACACUAGUGAUAUGGAAUUGAUAUGACUGCAUUUUUUUUAAUCUAAUUCAUAUGUAUGACUGCGUGCUUCCUGCAUGAUAUACCUGAAUAUAUUUUUUUCCCCUACUGCCCAAUAACAACAAAGCCUUAUCUCUUCAGCCGUAAGAAUGCUAGGACGCAAUUUGAACUGGAUAUUUGAAACAAACAAAAAAAAAAAAAAAAAACUUUUAGUUCUUAGCUCCCGAACAAAGAACUUCUGUCUGGGCAGUAGGGGCUGAUCUAACUUAGUUUAAUCAAAUUGGCAUUUUUUUUUUAUUUCCAUGUAAACCAAUCCCUAGUUGAUAUAUUACAGACGUGUGAAAUUUGUUUGCUUGUAUUCAUGCAUUCACAAUUUACAGUCAGGUUCUGUGACAACCACAAAUCAAGAGUAGUGAAAGAUCGAAUGUCAUGGUUCUGUCUUGGGUUUUGUUUUCUUCUCCCUUUGUAGCUUUAUUUAUUUUUCUGUUUCAGUUUACGGAAUAAAAAAAAGUCAUGAUCUUACAUUCUUGACAAGUUUUGCAGGUUCAGGUUCCCCUGCUUCUAUGGUCCGAGCCUUUUUCUUUUCAUUGCAGCUUACCAUGGAAUUUGUGUACAGGUUUGCUGGUGCAGUGUUUCAGGAUUCAGGAGAAUGUCAUUAUUCGAUGUUUCAGGUUUCGAUUCAGGAGUAUGAAAGUAUCUUCGUGUUCCAUUGCUCGAACGAAUGUUGCAGGUUAUUACUGUUGGUAGUAGUAGUAGUAGCCUAAAGUAGUAGUCUAAUUGUGUUGCAGGUUGAGUGUGGCAAACAAAAUCUCUCAUGUUGUUGAACAAGUUGGUUUACAUUUCGGAAUGUUCAAGGAUUAUCAUUUGAUGUUUUUAGUUGGCAUGAUCAUAUGAUGUUGUCUCUGUUUUAAUGAUAGACUAUCCUUCUCCAA